GGAGCUGGGAGGGACUCAGCUGAAAGCCCAUCACUGGCAAUCUGGUGUGAGCAUCUGUCAGUGAGUGACGGCACCCCCUGCUCCUGCCCCAUGGAAACCAUGGUGCCAGGAUGGAUGCCCAGGGCUGGACUCCUGCUGUUGCCCCUUCUCCUCUGCUUCGGACCAGAGACCGCGAGGAGCAUCGACCCAGCCGCGCUCAAAGCCAUCGUGGAUCACGUCCACCAGUAUCACCCUGUUACCAGUCCCGCGCCCACUGAUCAGUAUGCAGUGGCCAUCUCCUUGCCACAGUCCAUGUGCAACGGCAUCAUUCCGAGUGAUCUGCAGAAUCACCUGCCCGUGGCCGAGCUCCAGGCGAUGAAAUCCAAGCUGGAGACGGACCUUCUGUAUGAGGGGGAUCACGUCGUCGCCGCUGCCAAACCUGUCAAACGUGACGAAAGUGGCACACCCUACCUGCACCCAGAGUGGUUGAUGUUCCACCUGGACCAGAAUGGGGUGAGCCCUGUCUCCCGCCUCCUGGACAAGUCCCGGGACCAGACCGAGUGCCAGGAGACCCACGCCUUUGAAGAAUUGUAUGGCAACAACCGCUACCCCAGGUCGUUUCCGAACAACCCGUGCGGCUGGAAUCGCUGCUUCAUCUUCUUCACCUAUUACUCCCCCUGCCUGGGCACCUGCCUCAGCUUGAAGGAGGACCACCGCAUCCAGGACCUCAUGGACGGGAUCUUCAGCGCCAUAGACAGUGACCACCGUGCCUUGGCCUUCAAGGAGGUUUUCAAAAAAGACAGAAGUCUGGGGAAGCAGUUUUUAUGGAACUCAUGGCAAACGCUCUGUAAAGUGCCCCUGUACCAGUGCAAUGACCAUGGCUGCCAGAGCUGCAAGGAGAAGGACGUCAACAAGAACUCCUGCCUAACAACAGUGAAAAACUGAGCCACGCCAGCCCUGAAGGCAGUCCACUGGGGCAGGCGCCAAGAUGGGAGGAGAUUGUAAGCUGUAAUGUAAUCAAUCAACAACCAACCCAUCCAUCCAUCGUCCUUCAAUCCAUCCAUCCAUCUGUCCGUCCAUGAACCCAUCCAUCCAUCAAUCCAUCCAUCCAUCCAUCCAUCCAUCCAUGAACCCAUCCGUCUGUCAACCCAUCCAUCUGUCAACCCAUCCAUCCAUCGUCUUUCAACCCAUCCAUCGUCUUUCAACCCAUCCAUCCAUCCAUGCAUCCAUCCAUGAACCCAUCUGUCUGUCAACCCAUCCAUCUGUCAACCCAUCCAUCCAUCGUCUUUCAACCCAUCCAUCGUCUUUCAACCCAUCCAUCCAUCCAUGCAUCCAUCCAUGAACCCAUCUGUCUGGCAACCUAUCCAUCCGUCAACCCAUCCAUCUAUCCAUCCAUCUGUCCAUCAACCAAUCCACCACUCCUUCCAUCCAUCAGCCCAUCCAUCCAUCUGUCAACCCAUCCAUCCAUCAUCCUUCAACCCAUCCAUCUGUCAACCCGUCCAUCUAUCUGUCUGUCUGUCAACCCACUCAUCCGUCAGCCCAUCCAUCUGUUAGCCCAGCUGUCCGUGCCUCUCACAUACUUCUCCUUCUAUUUCACUAUCUCAUUUCAAGGUGCCCAUUCCCUGAGUAUCUGGGCACUGGGUUUGCCCUGUGAUCUUUUCUCCCUCUCUCUCUGUAUCUCAUUCCCAGGGUGCCCAUGCCCCUGGUAUGUGGGCCCCGGGUUUCCCCUAAAAAUUUGCCCCCCUUUCACAGUCCAGCAGAUGCACUUUCUCUGCCAUAUGAUCAACACCAAUAAAGCUUCAGAGCAGUCCUUGGCCUCACA